AUGCGGCAUGCUCCCUGCCGGCCCGGCCCGCCGAAGCCCUGCACGCUCGGGGCCCCUCGGGGCCACGGGACCCCACGCUGCUACUCCGAGGAGGAUCUUCCCCACGGCCGGGCCCCCCCACAUCUGCUGGCUCGAAGUGCCAAGUGGGAGCGGGCCUUGCCCGUGGCCCCAGUGUCCAGCCUGGCAGCAGAGGGCGGCGGGAGGCAGCUUGCACCGCCGGGGCCGGGACGCAGUGCCCGCGCUCAGCCCGCUGAGAUGCUGCUGGCGGACACCCACUGCGCCCCAUCUCUCCCUGCAGACCCGUGGGUAAGGGCACGCAUCGACACCGACGAAAACCGCUACCCGCAAAAGCUGGCGGUGGCCGAGUGCCUGUGCCAGGGCUGCAUCUGCGCCAGGACUGGCCGCGAGACACCAGCGCUCAGCUCGGUCCGGCUGCACCAGAGCCUGCUGGUCCUGGGCGCGCGGCGCCGGCCCUGCACCCCAGUGGGCGCCGUGGGGGGGCAGCCCCCCUCCCCCACACCCAGGGCCUUCACCUUCCACGCGUUUAUCUGCGUGCCUGUGGGCUGCACCUGUGUCCUGCCCCGACCCUGGGGCCGCCUGAAUCCCCGGCCUCCCCAGGUGUCCGUGUGUCCGGCAGGUGUCCAGGGCCCGGCAUCCCGGCCACCUCCCACCAGGCCCAGCCCGGGGCUGUCGGGGGCCUCUGGACAAGGGACUGGAGCAGCAGCCUGUGUGGAAGGGACACCCGGGAAGCCUGAGGCCCUGGCCUGCCUGGGUACCGGACACCGGUCAGCGGGCCGCGGCCUGCAGGCUUGA